AUGAAAUUCGGAUCACAGUUAAAGGGCUCUUUAUAUAGAGAGUGGGCAGAAUUUUACCUUGACUAUGACGGGUUGAAGAAACAUUUGAAGAGAGGGGAGAAACAGGAAAGAGGGUAUACGGAAAAGGACGAGAGCGAUUUUGUGGAGAAAUUGGAUAAAGAGUUGGAGAAGAUAUAUAACUUUCGACUUGCAAAAUACGAAGAAAUCCAAGAACGUGUUCAGAAUUGCGAAAAUGCCGUAACAUCAAUAAGUAGAAGUCCCUCAAUGAGCGUCCCGGAUAGGUAUGCAGAAGUAGAACGUGAGAUCAAUGCCAUCACCGAGGAAUUGAACGAGUUGUCCAAAUACGCGAGACUGAAUUACACGGGCAUUAUAAAAAUUGUCAAGAAACACGAUAGACCAAUGUUUAAUGUCCGUCUAAACGCAAAACCGUUCUAUAAAGAGACCUACGAGCCGAUCAUUGUUCAACUCUCCCGUCUUUACCAUAUAGUUCACACCGGUCUUGGAAUAGAUCAGAUGUCAUCACAAAUCUCUUCUACACCCUCGUUCUCAUUUUCGUCAUCGUGGCAUCCUCCCCAUACAGAACGGAUCUCGCGUCACUCGUAUAAAUUUUGGGUUCAUCCUAACAAUAUCAUGGAAGUCCGUACCACCAUCCUCCGCCAUCUACCCGUAUUAAUAUAUAAAACUAGUUCGGAUUCGUCGAUAACUUCGGUCUAUUUUGACAAUCAGUCCUUUGAGUUGUACCAGGAUAAAAUUGAUCACAAAGACGGGGAGCAACUAAUAAGGCUGCGGUGGUAUGGGUCAAGAGAGCAUGCGAGAAAGAUAUUUGUCGAGAAGAAAGUCAAACGUUUGGGAGAAGAAGAAGUCAAAGAUAGAGUUAUGAUUAAGGACAAGAAUAUGAGCGCGUUCUUGAAUGGAACGUGGUCGCUGGAAAAGAGGAUCGAAAAGAUGAGAGAGAUUCCUGGAAAGUCUGAAGAAGAUGUCGAACGAUUCAAAGAGUUUGUCGCCGAUGUUCAAACUACGAUAAAGCGAAAAACCCUCGAGCCUGUCCUUUGUUCACAUUACAAUCGCAUGGCAUUCCAAAUUCCGGGCGAUGGCCGCGUGCGUAUUACUCUCGAUACCAACUUGGUUUUGAUAAGAGAGGAUAAUUUUGAUACUAUCCGACGCCCGGAAGACAACUGGCACCGGCCCGAUAUGGAUGACGAGAAUUAUCCGUUUAAUAAACUACCGGCUUCGGAUAUUGUGAGAUUCCCAUAUGCGGUCUUGGAAGUAAAAUUGAAUCUUGAAGCGGGCAAACGAGAACCUGCAUGGGUUAUGGAGCUGAUGAAGAGUCAUCUGGUCGAGGAAGCGCCACAGUUUUCAAAAUAUGUCCAUGGUAUAGCGACGUUAUUCACAUCUCAAGCGCCGUCGUUACCAUUCUGGCUCCCGAAUAUUGACAAGGACAUUUUGAAACCACCAAACGAUCGCACCACAUCUUACGAUGCUUAUGACGAUGACGAAACGCCCUCCACUUCCACCUCCAAACCAUUAAAUAUUCAACCACAAGCACGUUCACGACGUGUACCGUCACGUAACGCCAAGCCGAUGUACGUAGAAGUUGUUGGCGAUAAUUCCCAAAGGCAACGUAAAAAGAAAGAUAAAGGCAAAGCUGUGGCGUGCUCGCCGUCUUCGGACGACGAACCGCAUGAAGAUAGCACUUAUCGAAAUGAUCGAGUUUCCCCUUCGGGACCGUUAUCUCUGGACACGAUCAGGCGAUUCUUUACAAAAUCUCAACGCAGAUCGCCGUCUCCGGUGAAAUUGCCUCCGGGUAUUAGUCCCCCGAAAAAAGCCAAAGAAGCGCUUCGAAUAGAACCGAAAGUUUAUUUGGCCAACGAGAGAACGUUCUUCGCAUGGUUGAGGUUUAGCGUGCUAUUGGGUACUUUUGCGUUGGCCUUGUUCAAUGCUGGAGGAGAUGAACCUGUUGGAAAGUUCUGUGGAUUAUUGUAUAGUCUAAUCAGUCUAUCUGUACUGAUCUAUGCGUUGCUUCAGUAUCAUCAGAGGACCAGACUAAUCAAGUCUAGCUAUGGCGGACCGUAUGAUGAUUUGGUUACCCCAACCCUUGUUUGUGGAUCACUAUUUGUGGCUGUCGGCCUUAAUUUCUGGUUAAAACUUGGUCCCAAAAUGGCAGAAAAUAAAACGCGUAAAUAUCUUCGCGCACGUGCUGGCAUGAUAAUUGAUCCGCAAUAUCCCAACGCACGUGAAACUCUAGUCGGCCCAAAGAAAUUGCCUGUCCCUGAUUAUAAUAAACCCAUAGUAGUAGCGCCGGAGAACAAUCAUUUGGGCACUUUCGAUCAGAUAAGAAAGUCUUAUGGAAAUCAGCAAGUAAAGGCGAACGAUUGGUGGAUGUGGAUAAGAAGUUGGCAGGAAAAAGUUGCGCUCGAGGCAAUGGAGUUGCAAACUAGGAAGCAACGCCGUGCAGAGGAAAAGAAGCUACGCGAUAUCGAGUUAAUGAAGAAGGAGCAUCUCAUAAAGCAAGAGAAUACUGCAACAGUCAAUCAUAAUAUAAAUGACAAUCAUUUGAUGGACACUAACACUAAUGUUAACACUAAUGCACACACUAAUACUAACGCCAACGCACACACAAGCACUAACGCUAAUACGUACACGCAUAUAAACACAUACACGCAUAUAAACACAUACACGCAUGUAAACACACACACGCACAUUAACACAUACACACACGCUAACACAUAUUCUAACAAUAUGAUUGCAAAUCACGUCGGCAAUUUGGAAGAUAACGCCCAAAGACAUUUAUCUGCAACAAAUAAAGAGGUUUCACAGAUGACUGUUGACGAAACAAUACAACCAUCCUCCAAUUCUUUACUUCCCAAACACCUUAGUAACACAGUCACUCAGCCUGUUGAAACAGAGGAACAACAAGAAAAACGAUCUCGCCGUGUAAGGAGACGCAAAACUAAAUCUGGAGAUAUAUCAAAGAAAUCAACUGGUAUAGAAAAGCCUGUCCGAAAAGCUCGAAGGCCUAGAACACGUAAGCGGAAAACAGAGGCUGGCAUUGUAUCAGUUGGGUAA